GAGAUCUGGCCUCUGGCCUCUGACAGGCCGGCGUUCUUUCCGUGCCAUGGGAGGGCUCUGGCGUACGGGAUGGAGGCCCGUGGCUUUCUGCGGGUGGCCCUGGAACCACCCUGGGAACCCGACCAGGGCUGCGGAGAGGGUAGAGUCUUGUCUCAGGUCGGGGAGGAGCGGGACAGGGGGUGCUGAGAGGGAGCUGAGACGGCUCGGGACAUGGAGGCGCCCGAGCUUGGCGGUGCAGCCGCCGCGGCGGCCGAAGAGCACGAACCCCUUCACGCGCGCACAGGAGGAGGAUUGGCGGCGGCGGAACAAGACCGUCCUCACGUAUGUGGCCGCGGCGGCCGUGGGCAUGCUGGGGGCGUCCUACGCCGCCGUGCCCCUUUACCGGCUCUACUGCCAGACUACUGGACUUGGAGGAUCGGCCGUAGCAGGUCAUGCAUCAGACCAGAUUGAAAACAUGGUACCUGUUAAGGAUCGCAUCAUUAAAGUCACCUUUAAUGCAGAUGUGCAUGCAAGUCUCCAGUGGAACUUUAGACCUCAGCAAACAGAAAUAUAUGUAGUGCCAGGGGAGACUGCACUGGCAUUUUAUAAAGCUAAGAAUCCUACUGACAAACCAGUAAUUGGAAUUUCUACAUACAAUGUUGUACCAUUUGAAGCUGGACAGUACUUCAAUAAAAUACAGUGCUUCUGUUUUGAAGAACAAAGGCUUAAUCCACAAGAGGAAGUAGAUAUGCCGGUAUUUUUCUACAUUGAUCCUGAAUUUGCUGAAGAUCCAAGAAUGGUGAAUGUUGAUCUCAUCACUCUUUCUUAUACUUUUUUUGAAGCAAAGGAGGGGCAUAAGUUGCCGGUCCCAGGCUAUAAUUGAAGUCAGAACUAAGUCCUGCUUCAAAUUUGUGAUUUUUGGAAAAUCAUGUAUCUUCUCAGAGGAGAAAUAUUUACAAUAAUGUGAGGCCUUCUAUUUUAAAUUUUAUAUACUUAUGGUUCUUUUUUCCCAACUAAUUUACCCAACUUACAAUGUGUAACUGUUCAAAACCAUACUUAGAGUUUAAGUAGUGUUAGAAGAAACUGCUUUGUUUCUUAAAUACGUUGGCAUGGACUUGAUGGUUCAGCUUAAUUCACUGGUCCCCUUUCAAAUUAUGAGCACUUCAUACUUGUAGCAAUGAAGUUUUAUUAUUAUUUCUAGAAUAGUUGGUUACUACUUUCAUUACGAACAGUCACUAUUUUAAAAGCUCAAAAUGGAAGAGGAAUCACUAAGCCCUAACAGCUUGCCUAAAGAUUACAUUCUGAUUUCAAAUUUGACUGUAUUUUUCCUUUAAGAUCUAGGGCUAUUUUACAUUCAGAGUACUAAAUAAGUACUUUGAAAUUUCAGUACCAUGAAAUUUAAAUAAAAUGCAUAAGUAUAUCUAGUUAGGUUUCUAGCAUUUCUUGUGAUAGUUCCGAGUCUCCAAAUUUUAAAAUGUUAAGUGGGAUUGUGAAGAUUUACUGACAGCAGAGUUCUUCUGAAAAAAGAUGUAUUAAACUGUUUUAAUAGUAAUUUAUUUGUCAUUGUAAUUUAUGACAAACCAAAGUACAAUUUAUUCUGAAUGUUUUCCAGUAGUUUUUUUUCCAAAAAGAAAAAGAGCAUUUAGUAUUAUAAAGAAUUAUAUUUAAAGGCAAACAGUGUAGAAUCCAGUAACCUCUUGAGGGUACCUGAAAUAUUAAACUACAAUCAUCAAGGCUUUUACAAUUCAUAAUCCUAAACAAUAGUAUUACUUAUGAAGAAGUGCAAAUUGACUUUUACAUUCAACUUUAGUUAAAUGAAGGCACUCAGUAUUCUUCCUGAAUAAUAAUAGUUUUUCACAUUUCAUGCUUUCAUCUAUUAACAAUUAUUUCAUAAUGAAACAGUCUUCAUCUACUCUUAUCCCAGCUCUUGUGAUGAUUUCUAAAUGUAGGAAGCUCUGAAACAUAAGGUGCUACACUUAAUCUGGUUGGCCUCAGUACCAUGAAUUUUUCUUCUGCUGAAGUUUUAAGUGAAUAUAUGUUACAACCAAGUUCUUUUGAGAUAAAGCUUGAGCUGCUGUCAGGAACCAUAAAUGUUACUCUGGAACUGUUACUCUUCUGUUUAAACUUCAUUACUGCAGAGAAGAAAUGUUCCACUGUGGCUUUGAUGUUCUGGAAGGUCUUAACUUCUGGGUCUCAAAGCUGGACAGGGUCUACCUUUAGGAGAAUUGGCACCCAUAAUGCUGCUAGUGAGCUGGUCAUCCACUUCCACCUGGAAUAAAAAGAAGAGUCAACCAUCUCCAUCUUUUCCUCUUUCCCCAUUCCUUGUAACUAGAGAGCCACAGUCUAGUAGAGGAAAGGUGGGAAUGUACUACUUCCACGGGGGAGGGUGUGGAGGGAAUAAAUAAGGUUAAUAGGUUACUGGUGGCCGUGUGCAUUUAUUAGUAAAUAAAUGGAAUGAUUAGUAAAGCAAUAGAAUCCAGACCAAUCUAGACUAACAAUGAAUGGCUUCUACCAGUCCCAGCUAACAGGUAUUAACUGCACAUAAAAGACACAUCUGAUUCUAGUGCUAAGAAGUUUUUAUUGAUCAUCUGUUUUUGUUAGCAUUAACAUUUCUAUACCAUAAACCUACUUCUGCAUUCCCAAGAUUUAUAAUUUUUAGCUAACAUGGUCACAAAAUGUAUUUCAUUAGUGAACAGUAGUUCAUUACAAUUUGAGUGACUCAGAGGAACUUGUGUAAUAAUAUCUCACUCAUCAGAGUGUCAGACUGUGAUGGCCCUUACAAAAUGUAAAUAAUAAAUGCAGAAAGUGACAGUUACACUGAAAUCAUGUGGAAUGUAAGUUGUGUAAGUUGAAGCCUUUACCUCAACAGUCAGUGUGACUUUGAGCUCCUUUAUGGUGGUGAGCAUCAAUGUCUUCAUAAAUAGCUCUGAAACAAACAAGCCAUAAUGGCAAAAGGGUUAUAUAUCAAUUUCAAUGUACUAUUUUGGCUUUUAACUGCCAACAACUUCACUAAAAAUCUGGUGCUAUGUUAGGUGUUCAGGAAAUCAGGCUAUAUCAGUAAAUAAAAACAAAGGUCUCUGUCCUGAAGCUUACAUUAUAACUUUAUUAGAUCCUAAUGCUGCUAUUCCCAUACAUCUUAUAAAUAUGUAUCUUAUGUAACCAUUUUACUUGUAAU